CAAUGACGUCGUGCAGAAGCAAGAAAUAUCCCUGGAGUGCAUGAAAAGGUGUAUGAAUCUCUGAGGCUAAGCUAUGAUCACUUGGGAGAAAAUGAAGCAAAGUACCUCUUUUUUCUUUGUUCUUUAUUUGAGGGAGAUAGUAAUAUUUGGACCGAAGAAUUGCAUUUAUUUGGAAUGGGGCUUGGCAUCUUUUCGGGAAUUGAAAAUUUAGAAGAUGCAAGAAAUAGGUUGUGUCUUCUGUUAGAAAUAUUGAAAGAUGGUUUCUUGUUAUCCCAAGGUUCAGACAAAAAUCAUGUGAAAAUGCAUGAUGUGGUCCGUGAUGUGGCUAUAAGUAUUGCGUCUGAAGGAGAGCAUAACUUUAUGGACAAUUUUUUUGAUGAAAUGAGUAACCUCAAUGUCUUGAGCCUGAGGGGACACAGCUAUGAGCAGUCCAUUAUACGUUUUCCAGCAUCCAUUCGGAGUUUGUCAAGUUUGAGGACUCUGUGUCUGAGUAAUUUAAGGUUGGAUGACAUAUCCUUCAUUGGGGAACUUGUCGAAUUAAAAAUUCUCAGCAUAAGAGAUUGUGAGUUAGAUGAGCUGCCAGAGGAGAUAGGAAAAUUGACCAAGCUAAUUAGGUUAGAGUUUUGGAAUGAGUGUAUAACACUUAAAAGGAUUUCAGCAGGGGUGAUAGGAAAACUAGCUCAAUUGGAGGAACUACAUAUUGUGGAAGUAGAAGAUUUGAGUGAUGUGAUGUACAGUAACCUUGGCCUUCCCUCCAAGUUGACACGGUACACUCUUGAAAUGUGUUAUUGGAAUUCAAGAUUUGAUGAAUACGACAAGAUUAUUGCUUUAAAGGUCACGGAGACCAGACCAUUGGGUGAUUGGAUCUGCCACCUGUUGAAGGAGAGUGAAUUUGUAGAGUCAAGGGGAAAGGGCUCUAAUAAUGUGUUGACUGAGUUGCAGCUGAAUGAAUUUCAGAACGUGAAAUGUCUCCACCUCUCUGAAUGUGAUUUAAUGACACAUUUAUUGAAGAGGACACAUGAAGUAAUCAAGUUCCCCAAUUUAUAUGAGUUGCGCAUUCAAGUUAUGCAUUGCCUGACUCACUUUUGCAGUGACAAUGUUGAGCGCAUUGAGUUCCCUCUGUUACGGAAAAUGUUCUUCUAUGGGUUACCUGAGUUCCAGAAUUUCAGGCUUACAGCCAACAACUCAAAUCCUCUUUUUGAUGAAAAGGUUUCUUGUCCCAACCUGGAAGAGCUAACAAUCUGGAAACUUGAAAGCAUAAGUGCUCUAUGCUCUCACCAACUUCCAACUGACUACUUCACCAAACUUCAAACAUUGGAUGCAAUGAAUUGUGGAAAAUUGAGAAACUUGAUGUCUCCAUCAGUGGUCAAAGGUCUUCUGAAUCUCAAGAAACUACAUAUUGAAGACUGUGAAUCAAUGGAAGAAGGGAUCACAAAAGGAGAAGGAAUCAUGACCUUAUUUCCCCGAUUGCAAGAGCUGAAGCUUCGGAAUCUGCCUAAGCUGGGGCAUUUCUAUUUGACAGAGCAUGCUCUUGAAUUUCCAUUUCUCAAGGAAGUGAUUAUUAUUGAGUGCCCUGAAAUGAAGACGUUUGUCCAACAGGGAAUAGUUGUGAGUACACUGAUUCUCAAAUGUGAUGAUGAGGUGAAAGUAGAUGAUCUAAAUAAAUGGAUACAAGAGAGGUCAAAUCCUCUUUUUGAUGAAAAG